AUGGCUUCCGCCUCCUUCCGGGAUUCCAUGGGCUCGCUGGGGUGGAGUCGACGAGAAGCAGACGUCCCCGUGAACACCUCGUCGCCCUCGGUGCUGUCCAGAUUACAAAACUUGAACCCCUUUGGCACAGGUGGCUAUGUAAGCCUGCCGAUUACAGAGACGAAUCCGGGUGCGCCGCUACCUGCUCCCACGCGGAGGGAGGAAGAGGAGGCAUGGUUUGCGCUGAGUCGGUGGGACCGAUUGCUCGUAUUCGGCGGCCUUUUGCUGGCAGCCUUGGCCAUGUUUGCUACCAGUAUUGGAAUCAUGUUUACCCCCAUCUUCCUCGUGCGGCCACGCAAGUUUGCCAUCUUGUUUUUGCAUCGUCGAUCGACUGCGGUCCCCGCUGGUGACGAAUUGGAGUCGGUGACCUCUCUAGCCACUGCGAGAUCGCCGCCGGACCCUCUUCUGGAGCGAUCAUGCGGCUUCAAGGCUCGGCGCGCUGCAGGAUGGUCCAUGGGUAGUCUUCUCUUUCUAGGAGCUUGGGGUGUCUUGAUGGGCCCCAUGCAAUACCUCCAACAUUUGAUAUCUGGUCCACGACUUCCCUUUACCGCUGCUUAUUUUGGUAGCAUUGCCAUGACACUCUACUUUUCGCUCGGACUUCACAGCACGAUCCUUACCUUUCUCGCGGCCGUUGUCCAGCUAGUCUGUCUGCUUUGGUAUGUGGUUUCAUACUUUCCCAUGGGCUCCACCGGGUUGCGUUUUGCAGCGCGCUUUGGAGGCAAUCGCGCGGCGGCCUGGAUGAAUAAUUAG